UUGAUUUCAAGAUGGCUGCGCCCAUGUAGUAAUCACUUUUGAUUUGACUUUUUAAAUAAAAUUAAAAGCUUGACUCACAGCAAUGAGUAACAUCUAUAUUCAGGAACCACCCUCAAAUGGAAAGGUUCUGCUCGUGACCUCAUGUGGUGAUAUCGACAUAGAGUUGUGGUCAAAGGAGGCACCUAAAGCAUGUCGGAACUUUGUGCAGCUGUGCAUGGAAGGCUACUAUGACAACACCAUCUUCCAUAGGGUUGUCAAAGACUUCAUCGUUCAAGGGGGUGAUCCUACAGGCACUGGGCAUGGAGGGGACAGUGUCUAUGAUAGACCAUUCAAGGAUGAGUUUCAUCAGAGAUUGCGUUUUGUUCGCCGAGGGCUUGUUGCCAUGGCAAAUGCUGGGCCUAACGACAAUGGAAGCCAGUUCUUCUUCACUAUGGGCCAGACACCAGAACUUAUGAAUAAGCACACCAUCUUUGGGAAGGUGUCUGGUAACACAGUGUACAACAUGUUGAAGCUUCAGGAGUGUGAGGUGGAUGCCGAGGACCGACCUGUGUAUCCGAACAAGAUCAUCAGGACUGAGAUUCUGUCAAAUCCAUAUGAUGACAUCAUUCCUCGAGUGACAAAGAAAUCCAAGAAAGACGAAGAAGGGGAGCUAAAACCUAAGAGCAAAUCUCGAGCAACAAAGAAUUUCCAGCUAUUGUCAUUUGGCGAGGAAGCCGAAGAGGAUGAAGAAGAAGUGGCGAAGGUCGCUGAGGGUUGGCGUGGAAAGAGCAAGAGCAGCCAUGAUAUGACGAAGGACCCGAAACUGAGUGCUGUACCAGCUGUAGAAAUCAGUCCAGAGAGAGGGGAAAAACGUAGGGCCGAUAGUCCCGAACAGGAUUCUUUUACCCAGGACUCCGAUGAAGACAGACAGAGGGAGGAGAGACGGGAAAAUGUUAAAAAGAAACUGAAGAAAGAUCCGGAUAUCAAACCAGAUAUAAAACCAGUCGACACCAAGAAAAACAAACCACCAGAAAGUACCGAGACUAAACCAACUAAUAGAAGCGAAGAAUUAAAAGCUGAAUCACGUCAGUUGAAGAAAGACAUCAGGGAGUCAAAAAGAAGAGCAGAACAGCGUAAAACAGAACAGCCUGCUGAGGAGGAGGAAAAGGAAGAGGAACCGCCAUUAGGUAGUGACCCUCUGGCAGAUUUUAAACGAGAGAGGCUAAAGUAUAAAGCUCUGCGUAAACAACAAGGCAAAAAGGGCUCACGGGAGGAGGUAACUCUAGCGUUACUCGAGAAAUUCAAGAACAAGCUUACUGACUCACGGACAGGGGCUGAUGAGGGUGAAGGAAAAGAGGAGGGGGUGGGGAAGCAGGCCGUGGGGAAGCCAGUUGUUGCAGAUGGGGAUGAGGAGGAAGAGGAAACAGAAGAGGAUUUGGCUGAUACCUCAUGGUUGGCCCACAAGCUUCAUUUUGAAGAGCAAGCUCGGAAGGUUCUUGACGCAAACAUCUCAGAUUUGGACCGCUACGAAAUACACGACCCUCGUAAUCCUCUCACAAAACGAAGACGUGAAGAGAGUAAACAUAAAAUGAAGGGCAGAUCCAAAAGAGACUUACAGACUAUGUGAACAUUUCAUUUUAUAUCACUACAGCAUGUAUAUGAACCUCAGAAUCCUCUUAUAAAAUAAGAUGUGAUGAGAACAAUAAUAAAAUGAUGAGACAAGUUAGUACAGUCGAACCCGUUGGCUCGAACUCCAUGGGACCGGUAAAAAUGGCUCAAGCCUCGGGAAAUUUCGAGCCAAGCGGGAAUGCUUACCUUCAGAAUAAAAAAAAUCGGUCCUUUACAUCCAGUUUGAGCCAACGAGAAAAUUGAGCCAAGCGAGUUUGAGGGAACCGGGUUCGACUGUAAAUAUAAUGUUUGUCAUAAAUGACCAGAUUUUAAGAUGUGGGUAGGAAGGUAGUGUUUUUCGAUGUCACUUAAAUCUGUAAUGAAAAACGAAAAGGAAUGACCACCGUAGAAUUUAAUACAAAUUUGGGUAACUGAUAUUUUUGUGAGACUGUUAUGGCAAAAAAUGUAUUUUUGUAAUUGCGGCCUUAGAAACAUUAUUCGAAAUUGAAGUUUUACUUGUGUUAUUACCCAGUGUGUUUAUACCACUUCAUAAAUUAUGUCAUAUAUAUAUCCUAUCUCAGAAGGCAACAUUUUGCUUAAAUGAAGACUUAAAUCAAAGAUAACAUUUCUUUUACUAUACUUUUUUAAAUGAAACAGGGCAUUCUACGCCGCUUAAAGAGCUCCACCAGAAUUUGAUAAGGUGAUUAGUUUCUUCAAACACUUCGACAAACCUGUUUUCAAGAUAAUGUUUUGACAGUGCUCUGUCAGACAGCCAUAUUGUGAAAAGGUUUGUCGAAGUGUCUUUAAGAAACGACACUCUCAAUCAAACUCUGGUAAAAGACCGAAGGCGGGGCUCAGUAAGUGGCGUAGACUGUGGUAUGUUUCAUUUAAAAUGGUGGAGAAAUAAGAAAAUUAUCUUUGUUUAAAGUCAUAUGAAGCAAAAUAUUGCCUUCCAACAUAGCAUUUAUGACGCAUUUUAUCACUGGUAUACACACACUGUACCUUUUAACUCUCAUGAAAUGAAGAUGGUAGGAGAGCAGACAUUAAAUUAAUGUUCAGAGCUAAAUGAAACGAUUCUUGAUUUGAAUUUUAUUAUUUUUUAUUUGGUUAUUUCAGACAUUUAUCUUCAAAUGUACAAAGGAUUGUCCCUUACAAAGUUUUGUGUUGUUUUAUGGUUUCUCAAGUUGCUGAAGGAACAAAAGGCAUAAAUUGUACACUGCAGGUCAGCUUAUUACAGAGUCUAUGAAUUAGUUCUCAGUUGAUAGGCUUCCUGAAGAUUUACAUGAUGAGGUAAUGAUUUUAUUUCAAGGUUAUGUUAUGUCUCCGCCUAAGAUUUGUUAAGCUUUCGUAUGUCUGAUUUUUGAAGAUAUAUGAGAAAAGAUAUAAUAUGUAAUCUUUGAACCGCUUUCUACAUCUAUUCUAAUCAUCUUAUAUAUCAUGUUUCAACGUUAUCAUUUAACAUAGCUUUAUAUUUUUGUGACAGUGUUAAUGGAUACUCCACAUUUUCUUGCACACCGGAUAGGCAUUUCUGGUGAAUUGAGCUGUGCUGGAAAAUUCAAUCUGGCAGAUCCACUUCUUAUUUCUUUUAUUGUAUGGUUUCUAAAAAAUACAUUACAUGUAUGUCGUUUUAAUAAGGAACAAUGGAAUAUAUAAAAAUACAUUUUUUUUAAUUAAAGAUGAAAACAAGUAAUCAUCAAAAAAUUUAAAGAUUGUUUUAAUUCAGCAGUGACCUAAAGUAACUUUGCACCUUGACGUCUGUGAACAUCUUCGCAUUCGCGUUUUGGUGAUAUGUUAAAAUAUGUUGUGUUUUCUACAUAAAUGUUUCUACAAAUUGAUGCUUAGAGGUAUGCAAGAAAAUUAUUGAUUUCGAAUUACUGGUAUAGAUGGAAAACCCUAAUCCUUGGGCACAAUGUGUGGCUGGUAACUUGAUAAGGUGCUUACUUGUGUGCCCUCGGAUCGGAUUAUCAAUUCAGACUUAAAGAAACACUUGAUAUAUAUUAUCAUUGAUAUAACACCAACUGUGUUCUUGAAGGAUGCAGGACAUAGUGAACCACUGCCUGUGUAAACCUCAUCCAAAGUGUACCAUUUCAGGACAAAGUAAACCAUCUUCAUGUUAUGAUGAUAUUAUAGUUGCAUUGUCUAAUGGUACACUGGUGAAAGGGGUGAUAAUUAUGUGUGCUAUUAUUGAUUUUUAUAUUAUUUGAAAUUAGGAAUUUAAAAGCAUUUAAAAAUGUAACUGUAUCUUAUUAACACUUCUUAUGAACAAUAUGUAAAUCAUUGUCAAGACCAAUCUGUACAUAUACAAUGAAAGACAUACAUGUAGGAUGCUAUGACAUUGCGCUUUUGAUUUAUUUGGAAUAUUGAAACUAGAAGUACAAAUGUACAUGUAUUAAUAAAUAUUUUAUUUUC